CCAUAUUGCGCGCAUUGCCGCUGAGGCAGAUGUUGAAACUGAUCUAGUCAAGUCGUGUAUGCAGAAUUUGGCCUACUACGGUGUAGUACAAUUGUUGCCUAUUUUAAAAUAUAGCAAUGUAUAUAUGUGCACACAGAAUCUUAAGAAUCUUAUACAAAACACGUCUCUAACUGCUGCCUGUCGUAAAUACGUUGCACUUAAUCCCGAUAAAAUUCCAAAAAGUCCAACAAUACAGAAAAUAUUUCAGUUCUAUGCUUCAAUGAGUCAUGGAGUUACCUUGCGUGCAAUUUGUCAGCGCUUGUGUCCGCAGAACAAUAACAUCGAUGAAAGGAAAUUGGUUAUAUUUGGUUUGCAGCACAAAAUCAUACGCUGCAUACACAAAUAUCCCAUAUUCACUGGUUCUGUGCCUUCAGGACGACAAAAAAUGUACACUGGCCUGUUGAAUUUCGAUGAAAUCUGUUGUAAAACUGGACUCUCACCAUUUCAUAUUGAAAAGGAUAUCGAUAAGGAUACUAAUGUUACAGUUAUAUGGAAGUGAAGUUGUCGCUAGUCUAGAAUAUGAAUAUGUAUAUCUGUAGAAAUUGAUAAACUUCUAAAACAGAGUCAAUAUGGAACAAGAUGAAUUAUGUCGCCCUGUACCCGCUCCUAGACGGCUUUAUCCAGAGUUACGGAAAAGCGAAUACGAAAAUGUUACAAUCGAUUUAAUAAAUAAAAACUUAAACAUUAAUACUGAAAAUAUACAUAAUUUAACCAACUGUGCGGAUAAAUUACCAAAUAAUAAAGUCUUCCUUGGCGCUCUAACGGAAGAGGAGACAUCAACAAACAAUAAAUCAAUUUUAACUGAAACAAAUGAUUUGUAUGGUCCAGAUUGUAAUGAGAAUGUACCAAUAGAUCUUUAUACGACUCCCACACCCGUGCCAAGACCACGUAAACCACAAAAUUCAGACAACCCAACCAAUAAUGAGGAUAUAUACGAAAAUUCUUCAAGUAAUGCAGUAACAAUACCAAACAAUGCUGGUGCCAUAAGUAAAAGUGUUACUGGCACUCCAAUCUUGCGUAAAGCACCUGAAUUACCGCCGAAAAGUGUUAUCAAUGUAGAGCAAGAUAAAAUUCAAUCACGCCAUUCCAUUUGCAGUGAACUUUCUACGACCAGCAGUUGUAAUAAUGCCGGUUCCUAUAAUUUAGGGGACAGCCACUUUUCCAAUAGUAAAGCGCAAAAAUCUGCUUCAAAUGGCACACUCAAUUCAUCGUUUGAUGACUCGACUGGUAGCUCUGAAGGCUCAAAGAAAGAAUUUAAAUCACCGUCACCAGGGUAUGUAGAGCAUGAUAGCGACGAGGAUAUAUCCUUUGACAGUUCUGCUACUGAUAACGAAUUGAAUGUUAGUGAUUUAAGUAGCAACAACACCAACGACUUAGUCGUCAACUCUGCCACAAACCAUGAAAAUUUCUGCAAUGAUUCUGAUACCAAUGAUCUAUUGAAAUCUUUGGGAGUAACAUCAAAGCUGCUUACGGAGUCAAUAGGCGAACGUGUCGCAUCACGCGCUAAAGGUGCCAAACAUAAACUAGAUAAAAAUUUAAAAUCUUCUACAGAAUUAUUGAGCAAUCUUGGAACCGAAACAAGCCAACGUAUUAAAACUGCUAGUAAACGUUUGGGCGUGAAUUUUACGCUAAAUAAAAAAGAAAAGUUCAAAGACAAGGAUAAAAUGCCAACGCAAUAUAAUUCAGAACGUCCACAAACUUUGCCACCAAACGACAGUGUCUUUCAUACAAUUUCAUUUAACAGCCCGCUACAGAAGAAAGCUGACGGUAUUAAUGACUUAAGUGUACCGGAAGAAGAUGAACACUCUUAUGAAGUACCGCGUAGUUUAAAAGUAGCGCACAACACAACAAAUCUAACACAACCGCCAACUUAUGAAGACGCUUUAAAAGCAACUCCCUCAAGCAGUUUUCAACGUAACAUACCCAUGAGCCGUUCGUUAAUACUACCAAAACAUAUAUCAGAGGAAGCAGCAAAUAUUGCUUUAAGUAAACAACGUAGUAAUGUAAAUUUAAAUAAGGUUGUUGAAGAAAACUCCAUGGAUUCUUCAGAUGCUGCAUCACGAGACUCCAUAGAUGUACCCUCAUUACCAAUGCCUGCUUUUCCACCACCUGCUUUACCGAAGGAGGUAACUGUUGCAGAUAAUGUCUACGGUAAAUUGAAUUCAAUACAGCCACCCAUACGACAAAAACGUCGUAAAAACUAUGAAGAAAUACAGUUAAGACGGGCACCAGCAAUUUCUCCUUCCAGUGCUGAGGGUUCGUUACGUCCAAAUGUUGAUUCUGCCGAGUUGCAACAACUGAAUUUAGAGGAAGAAGAAUCUGCGCGUGAGGAAUCGUUGUUUUUACGUGAACGUAUAAAAUCAGCUGAAGCUCGAACACCUAAACCCGAACGUAGUGAUUCAUGGGAGUAUUUUGCAGAUACAGGCAAUGAUAGUGACACUUCGUCAUCAGAACCAGUGUAUGCAAAUCAAGAAGCUACUUAUGGUAAAGUAUUUGAAAUGGAAACAAGUAUCAGUGUUCCCUUACCGCCUAAAUGUAAAGACAAAAGAAUUGAAACUUGUAACGAAUCAAGUGCUGGCGCUGUAGGUGGUUGGGUAAUGCCAUCAAGAGAAGUUAUACAGGAGUUCGAUCCAUUGAUGCUACGUAAAUCAUCCACCAUAUACCAUAGUGAUAAAAGUAAUGAAUUACUAUUAUUAGAACAUCUGUUAGAAGAAGAAACUUAUGGUACAGUUACGCGAGGUAAAUCAAAGUAUGAAGACGAUGUGAGCGUCUGUACGUCAGAAGAAGAAAACUUAAAUACAACUGCUAAUAGUGCAGCACAGUUACCUUUGAAAGAACUAAUGCCACAAACUGUUGUCCUACCUACGCCAUCCACAUCAACGGCUAAAAAGUCAUCAACAUCAACUUCAACAUCCACAUCUACAAAUCAAAUGAAAAUUGUACAUCAAAAUGCACAAUUACUCUCUGAAAGUGCUGAAAAUAUACUAGAAGAUAAUGAUGAAGAACAAAUUAAAACCUAUUUAAGUCGCGUUGAACAGAAAAAAGUUACAGCUGAUAUUGUGGAUAUAUCUAAACCUACACAAAAUCGUACAAAUUGGUUUGUAAACGAGAACAAAGAAAAUGGCUCACAGGCUCGUGUAAAUCCAUUUAAUAAAAUGAAUAUAGAAGGUGGAGAAAGUCCACCGUCGUAUUUAGAAGCUAUCGGUGCUGAUGGUAAACCUUCCAAUUUGCCAAAUGAACAAAAAUCAAUAGCUUCACGUCUAAAAAAUUCCAUGAAUGUCUUUACAAAUGUUAAAAUACGUGUAGAUGCACUUAAGAGGAAAUCUAGUUUUAAAGUUGCUCAACGUGAAUCAGAAGUUAAAGUUACGUUACAGAUGGUCCCCAGACCAAGUUUAUCACCACUUUUGGUUCGUUAUGAAGGACCUUUAAUACGUUUCCCAUCGGGUGUUGUUGAGGAUAUACUAAAAGAGAUGCAAAAUCGUAAGGCAAUAUUACGUGAUCGUCAAUUUCAAACAUUCCUGGAUCAAGACAUGAAAACUCCUAAGGAGAUUAUACCACUCGAAUACAUAACAACAUUACAAUGUGUUAGCAAUAAUCGUGUUACAGAUAAUUCAACUCAUUUCUAUUGUUUUGAAAUAACCACAUCAGUACCCAAGAAUGGUAGCAAUAGUGCAUCCAAUGUACAAGCAAUGUCUAAUCCGAAUUUAAUAAUGACAACUGGUAAUUCUGGAAAUUGUAAACAAAUCAGAAUUUCGCAUUUGUAUGGCGUUAGCAAGGAAUCCGAAAGAGGUGUAUGGAUGCAAAAGUUAUUGGAGAGCUUAACCAAUGCCAUUCCACCAAAAUAUAUUUGCCAUUAUUAUCGUGCUGGUUGGUGUUAUUUGAAGAACUCCAUCACGUCUGAGUGGAGUGGUACUUGGUUAGUUUUAAAGAAGAGUCGUAGACGCUUAGUUUUUGUGAGUGAAUCUACAUUAAACGUUGAAAAAAUGGAUUUAAGAAAAGCACGCUGCAUAGUAUUAAAAGAUAGCGAUGAGACUAUUAAAAAGUUACACGUUGAAUCGGGCCCCACACUUAUGAUUGAUUGUCCACCAUUUACUGUAUAUAUGAUAAUGAGUUCACCACGGGAGACCAAAAUAUGGCGUCACAUCAUAAGAGAAGUGGCACAUAAUAAUGGAUUCUCAUUGAGCGAUCAACAAUUGACUAAAUUCAAUGUGCCAGUAAUUGUGGAUAAGUGCAUUAAUUUUGUAUACAUACAUGGCUCCAUGUCUGAGGGCAUUUAUCGAAAAUCGGGCUCUGAAAAUUCUAUUGUGAAAUUAAUGUCAGCAUUCAGAACAGAUGCUUUCAACGUGGAGAUCACACGAAAUGAAUAUAAUGAACAUGAUGUUGCCAAUGUGUUGAAACGUUUUAUGCGUGAUCUUCCUGAACGUUUGCUGGGCAAACUUUCUGAAAGUUUCAUAUGCGUCACAGAGUUAGCCAAACCCACUGAAAAAAUUGAAGUCUAUAAGGAGUUACUGCAAAGACUUGGUACAAUAGAACGUGAAACUUUAAAGAAAAUUGUUAGCCAUUUAGCAUUUAUUAGUUCGCAAAAGUCUAAAAACAAAAUGAGCGUACAAAAUUUAACUAUGAUUUGGGGGCCUACGCUUCUACAUAGUCGUCGAAAUGAGGAACUGGUUUACUCAACAAAAGAAGCUGAUGUAUUGACUGAUUUAGUUUUACUAUAUAAGAAUCUAUUUCCGCUAUCAGUCGAUGAAAUGAAAAAAGAACAGGAAAUGCUUCUAUGCCUACAGAAGUAUUAUGCAGCCGCUGAAACGCUUAUGGAUUCAGUUAAAAAGUCUGGAGAUCUCAAAAUGUGGAUUACAUUAAAUCCAAGCCCAGAAAAUUUAACUGAGGAAAAAAAGCAAAUAAAUGUCACCAUAUCACCCACCAAAACUGCUUACGAGAUAUGUCAAGAACUGGCGCCCAAAAUGAAUAUGUCCACACAUCAGGUGUCGUUACAUGAGAUUAUAUUGAAUGACAAUUUAGAACGUCCACUUCAUCAUGAUACUAAAGUAUUUGAAGUUGUGCUCAACUGGUCUUAUUGGCCCGAAGAUGAUCGGAAAAAUAAUUAUUUGGUUGUGAAGCCAGUUGAUUUAUUACGUGAGGUAGAUCGUGCAGUUAAGAAUUUGGCUACCGUCACACCUGGCAAAGAAUUAAAAUUCGCAGAUAAUCGUACAAAGUCCUUCAAAUCGUAUCAGUGUGAAUUACGUGAUGGUAAAAUUGUUGUUUCGAAAAAGGAUAAAAAUGAUAAAACGACAAUUGUGCGUGAAAUAUUUUUGCACAGCAGUACAGCUUAUUUGGGCUGUGAAAAGAAGCGGGACUUUCCAUGGAGUUGGGCAAUAACUUUUGUUGAACGCAACCAAACACAAAUCUUAAGAUCUCGUGAUUUACCGUACAUAGGUCACGUUCUAGCUGGUAGUGAGUGGGUAGAUCGUACAAUUUGGUAUUCAAGUAUUUGGUAUUGUCUGUACGGUGACAGCAUACUGCCUCCUGCUGAAAUAAUUUUAAAAUAAAUUACAUAUUUUUAUAUUAGCAAAUAACUUAAAUCAAUUAUUAAUUAAAUUUAAGUAAAAACAUAUGCCAUUAAAAACUCAUUCUAAAAAUUCGAGACACUGCAUUUUCAAGUUUACAUUAAUUUUUCUUUAUUGUAAAACUGAAUGUUCAAAUAUAGUUUUAAAUUUUAUAUAUUC